AUGGUUGACGAUGAGCAGACAGAAAGCAGUUCGACACAUGGAAACGAGAUUGCAGAUGGAGAAGAGAAUCAAUCAAUGGACUUCAGUGUGCCCGAAGCCUCAACUCCCGAAUCUUUAGCAGAAGAGGUGGCUGUAUUGACGAAAAAGUGCAAUUUUCUCUCACAUCAGUUGAACAUGAUCAUGAGCACGAUGAAAGUACCGCCUUGUUUAUGUGCUUCUUGUGAGGAACAAUUCAAAGAGCAACGCGCAGAAGAGAAUAAAACGAUUAAGAAAAUGAUCUCUCAACAGCAACAACACUUCAAGGGCCCGGCCACCCCGUUGAGGACCCCAUUGAUGCCGUUUGGAUUCCAUCUGCCAACUCCUGCAGCUCCAUCUCAUCAUCAAACACCCAGCACACCAAAAACACCAAAUAUUGACGAUCCUACGGCAACCCUCACCGAGAACGAGGCGCAAUUUAUUCAGCAACUGAUGGCGACGGAGAAUGCUCAUAUCGGAGGACAAGCUGGUCGUCGCUCCAAGUACUGUAAUCCCGAGGAGAAGAAAGCCGUCGCCGAGUACGCACAGGUUCACGGAGCCGCCGCCGCAGCUCGCCGCUUCGGGAUCCCGGCUCCAGUUGCUUCGUAUUAUCACAGAAAAGCCUCACAAAAAGCACAUCAAUCUCAACAACAAGUAAUGUUGGCCGCGGCUGCAGCCGCCGGUGUCUCACCAUCUCUUUUCUUGGGCGCAGGACCUCCAGUGCUCACCCCGUCAACACCAAACGAAGAAACAACUCCACAAAAUACCCCAUCGAACACACAACCCUCGACUCCGCAACCGAAUCAGUGUGAAAUGGCCUUCAAAAUGAACGCCAUGCCCGGCUUCCAGCAACCACCGCCCACAAGCAGUGGGAUGUUCGUGCGCGGACGAGGAAGAGGACGACCAAAGUUGAUCGGAGAUGAGCUCGAUAUGCAUCUUGUUGAGUAUAUGGUAAAGCUGAAAAAAACCGACCCAUCUCAACAUUUGACUGCUUCAAAAGCGUUAGACAUUGCCAGAGAUUACAUUGUCGCUAAACAACCGGGAUUAUUGGAGGAACACGGUGGACAGGUGAAAUUGAAAAUCACUUGGGCCAUGAAAUUGGUGCAACGAGUGGCCGAAAGGGAACGCGAGAUCGAGAUGGGACUUCCGCCGGGCACUCUGCAAAAUCUCGGUCGACUUGUUCAACAGAUGCCAAAUGGGGCGAUCAAUCCAAUGGAUUUGAUGAGUGCUCAGAGCAUGCUGGCCGGAGGUCUAAUGGGUCAAAAUGGUCAAAACGCGGUCACUCCUGCCGACUUUGAGGCUCUUUUCCAAGCGUUCGCCCAAAGCGCUCAACAACAGGCUGGAGAAGAGUCAACCUGUAUGCCGGAGAUCAUAAAAGGGCAAGAGAUCGACAUUGCCGCCUUGUUGGGAUUGUGCGGGGAGAAAGAAGAAAAAGAUGGAUCACAUGAAGAUGGAGAUGAUGACGAUGAUGGAGAACCAAAAGAAGAAGAGAGUGCUCCAUCGAUUUCCCCACAAAGUGCCGACGAUCAAUCGAUCAAUUCCACUCCGAAUUCACACGCGAAUUUCAUCUUUGCUUCG